AUUCCCAUCGUUUCAUAUAGUCUAAUUUCAAUCCAUGGCAACUGACACCACCUCCACCACCGUAAUCUUGAAGCUCCUGAUUGAUACAAAAGGGCAGAGGGUUCUAUAUGCCGAAGCUGUCAAAGAUUUUGUUGAUUUUCUCUUUAACAUAUUGUUAUUGCCUGUAGUUACUGUUAUAAGGCUGCUUGCAAAAGAAGACAUGGUUGGAUGCCUUGCAAACCUUUACGAGAGCGUUGAAAAUUUGGGUGAUACAUACUUUCAACCGACAACAAACAAGGAUACCUUGUUGAAACCUAACUAUUCAUCAAGCUUGGCAAUCAAUGUUCCUCGCUUGUUACCAAACAUUCAAUAUAAAACCACACAAAGCAUUUACUGGUGUUCUUAUAAUUAUGGUUCACAUUGUGGUAAGUAUUAUGCAAAUGAUCCAACAUCGAAGUGUCCUUCUUGCACAAAUGCUAUGAACUCCCCUGCAUCAUUUGUAAACCCCCCAAAUAAGGUUUCAACUUCAUCAUCGGAUGCAAAUGAAGGCGGUUAUGUGAAAGGUGUAGUUACAUUUACGGUCAUGGAUGAUCUGACGGUCACGCCAAUGUCAACUAUUUCAAGCAUAACUAUGCUCAAUAAGUUCAACGUUCAACAAGUUGAUGCUUUGGAAGAGAAAGUGGUUGAUGUAGGCAUAAAUGAGGGCGUGGAGUUACUGAAGGCGUCGCUACAGUCCAAGAACGCGCUUACCAAUGUAUUCCUUACCCAGAAGGCCGGGAAGAAGCCUUAUAAGUGAUCGAAAUGCUUGUUACUUUCUGCUGCUGUUGAUGCGUUGCUGGUUUGUUUACAAAUUUACAAAGUGUGUUGCUGUCGGCUUUUUCAUUUGUAUUUCUAUACUUAAAUAUCUAUUUAGUUUUAUCAGUUAUGAAAUCAGUGGUUUUGUUGAUGUUACAAUCUGGUUUCAGAUUAUUAUGUUAAAAUAAUUGUUGGCUUGUACAAAGCUCAAGUUUUUUACCAAUUGGAAUGUUGAACCAGUAUCA